AUGAUUCGUUGAUAUAAAUGCGCAUAUUUUUCGAUUAUGUGAUUAAGUCGUGCGCAAUUGACGCAGUUGUUUGUAGGAAUCUGUGAAUAGCACGUGUGUUGUGUGUCGUGAACUAUUUUAAAUAUAAAUCAAUUUAACAUGCCACAAGGCAAAUUAAAAGUUAAAACUAAACUCCCGCCAGCAGUUAAGACUAAAACAAACAAACAAAAAAAGGGACCUGCAAUACAACGUCGUGGAAAUGCACCUAUUCAACCUAAAAACGCAAAAGUUAAAGAAGCACAAAAAUUAAAAAAGAUAAUUUCGAAGACUGUGAAUAAUGCUAUAGAAGAUGAACUUAGAGAAAAGGCUUUGGAAGGAAAAAAAUCUCUCCGAGCAAAGGAUAAAAAAAUGAAACCAAAGACCUAAUCGUUACUUAUAUAGUAUGUACAUUUAAUGUAAUUUAUUAUCUAAACCUUAAUUGCAAAUUUAUUUGAUGCAAAUAAUGAAUUGAUUUAAUAUUUUAUUAUCAUGCUUUAAGUUGAGGUUCGAUAAAAAAAUUUGUGUAUGUACAAAAAUAGAUUAAUAUAAUUUAAAACUCUUAUUAUAAUAAUAGAUUGAUAAAAAUAACAAUGUAAUAUUAAUAAAUACCUAUAUUUUGAACAGUAAUUUAAAAAUA